UGAUCGUCCCUAGCUGCUCAAGGUCUGAGUCAUGGGACCCCGAGCCCUGCUCCUGCUGCUCUCCGGGACCCUGGCCCUGACCGAGACCUGGGCCGGCCCCCACACCAUGAGCAUUUUCACCACCUUCGUGUCCGGACCGGGCCGCGGGAAGUCCCGGUACCUCGGCGUCAUCUACGCGGACGACACCGAGAUCAUGCGGUUCGACAGCGCCGCCCCGAACCCGAGGCUGGAGCCGCGGGUGCCGUGGAUGCAGCAGCCGUGGGUGGAGCAGGAGGUGCCGGGCUACUGGAAAGAUCGGACCGGGGUUUGCCAGCGCGAGGCCCAGAUUAGCCAACAGAACGUGAACCAGCUGCGCGCCCACUACAACCAGAGCGAGGACGUGUCGCACACCUUCCAGGAAAUUAGUGGCUGCGUCGUGGACUCAGAAGGAGGCUUCCUCCGCGGGUACAGCCAGCUCGCCUACGACGGCGCCGAAUACCUCGCCCUGAACCGGGACAUGAGCUCCUGGACCUCGGCAGACACCGCGUCCACGAUCAUCCGGCGCAACUUGGUGCAGGUCCCCGAUGCGGAAAGCCAGAGGGCCUACCUGCAGACGACGUGCGUGGGCUGGCUCCACAAGUACCUGGAGAAGGGAAGGGAGACGCUGCUGCGAGCAGACCCUCCAAAGACACACGUGACCCACCACCCCAUCUCUGACCAUGAGGUUACCCUGAAGUGCUGGGCCCUGGGCUUCUACCCUGCUGACAUCACCCUGACCUGGCAGCGUGAAGGGGAGGACCUGACCCAGGACAUGGAGGCUGUGGAGACCAGGCCUGCAGGGGACGGGACCUUCCAGAAGUGGGCAGCCCUGGUUGUGUCCCGUGGAGAGGAGCAGAGAUACACAUGCCAUGUGCAGCACCAGGGGCUGCCUGAGCCCCUGACCCUGAGAUGGGACCCCCCUCCUCAGACCACCAUCACCAUCUUGGGCAUCGCUGCUGCCCUGGGUCUCCUGGGAGCUGUGGCUACUGGAGCUGUGAUGUGGAGGAGGAAGUGCUCAGGUGGGCAAGGGGUGGGGCUGAGUUCCCUGUGCCCCUGGGGGUCAAGUCCAGGUGGAAGUGUGCUCUGCCUCCUUAAUGGGCAUCGUGUCCCCACACGGGUGCUUGUCCAUCUGGGGCCUAUUUCCUAACACGGACUCUUUAAUGAGGGCCGUGGGAAUGUGAAGGACACAUUUAUCACCUGAUGAUUCUAGUGAUGGACACUGAUUCCCAGCUGUCACAGGUCAGAGGGGAAGGCUCCUGUUGAGGACAGGCAUCCAAUCAGGUAGUUGGUCCAUUCCUGGCACGUGUACUCUCUCUGUAUUUCCUGAUCCCACCCUGGGUGUUCAGUCCCAGUUCUGGAACCUUCCCUGUGCUUCAGGAGUGUGGGGCUCCUUUAGGGUCAUGGGACCCAGCCUCCCCCCUGACUUCUCACAGAACAUUUUCUUCCCACAGGCAGAGGCAGGAAGAGCUACAC